AUGGAGAUAUUAAGUGCAGUAGGCACGUACGUAACACGGGGUUAAGACGGGGAGUCGCGGUGGAAAUUGUUGCGGUUAUUCACUGCUCGACUUGUGUAGAUGAAAUCCGUGUCACAAAGUUAGGUACGUUUUGUCGUUGGCCGUGUUUGCUAUAGACAUGGCUGAGAAUCAAGAUGUGCCGAUAAACAUGGACCUAUAUGCGCAGUGGAAACCGUCGACGUUUUGUCCGAUUUACUUACAUAAAGAGUAUGAGCCGUAUCAGAAAAAGGAAGAAGACAGAACAACAUACACGUCAAUGAACGAGUGGCGGGACAACCCUAUGGCCAGGGCGGCUGUCUGCGGCACAGCCCCUGCUUCCGGUCCGAGAUGGCACCAGGACAGGGUGGCUGACGCAGCCAAGCCCCUGGGGCAGCGUUCUGUGGACGAGUUUAACAAAGCCUACUGUAAUCUGACGAAACAGAUAGCAUACAUCCACCCGAACCCAGGACCACCAAGGUGUCGAGAAGGCCGUAUCGGGGGCACGUGGCGACACAUCAAGGAGGUUCUUGGUCACAGCGGAAGCAGGGUCGUCUUCGUUGAUGGUCUGGUCAGCAUAUACGACAGUGAAAAUUUCAACAACGCGCUUCACGACGAGGGUCCUUACAGACCCCACCUAGCCAGCGCGCGGUACGCCCCCUGUAUUGGCGACCUCCAGAGUUACAACCGCCGAGAACUGUCAGAACUACAGACGUGUGGAUACCGCCCGUCCAUGCCCCAAGACCCAAGGGAAUCAGGACACUUGCCAAAAGUAAUAACUCCACGAUAUCCUGAAACUCAGCUACAGAGUCCCAUCAGAUAUAAAGGCUUCUACAAAAGCAAAUAAUUUACAGAAAUUGGUUGAAAUAUCAAGUAUAAACAUGCACUUAGUUUUAAACACAUUUAAAAUUGUGGAUUAGUAACUAAACUGCUCCCCAAAACCUUCACACAAUCCAACCAAGAAAGAAAAGAAGUCAAACUCACAGAAAGCAAAAAGGGGAAAUGAAAAAGAAUUAAAAAAUAAGAAACGAAUGAAAAAGCAAACCCAACACACAAACAAAAGCCAUUAUUUGAAUGAGAUAUUUUCUACAAGAUGUGAACGACAAUCCAUGGUGUACUCAGCUGGUGAGGUAGACACGUUCUUUAUUCUGAGAUGAUUUCAACACGAACGACCCUUGAAAUCGUUGCAGAAAAAAAUAAUUUAAUAAUAAAAAAUAAAAUAAUUAUAACUAUAACUAAUUAUGAUAUAGCCGUGUUAAAAUGUGAUCAUGUAAAGUAAAAUUAUUUGUGCCUGUUUGUAGUUUAGUUGAGUUGAGUUUUGUCUUUUGCUUGUUUUUACUUUCGUGUCUGCGAUAAUUUCUUUGGUAAACAUCGUGUUCUUUUCGGUAAAAUAUUUAGGAUAGGAAAAUUAUAAUAAUCUCCUUUUGGAUAGGUGUGUUCUACGAAUGUAUGCUGUACGACAAAUUACGUUUUUCGGCUAACAUAUUGAUUAUCAACAAUAGUUCUUAAGAGUCCAACUGAAGUGAGUAACGAUGACAGUUGUUAAAGUUUGAUUUAGUGCCAUUUCGAAAAUGACGACUUGAGGUUUGCAAGAUUGUCGAAUAUAGCUCAACAAUUCUGUUAGUGGAUAUCUUGCUUUGUUCCUAUUUUACUUUGAUUUUGACAGGUUUAAUAAUUAUGUGCCUUAGGGGGCAAAACAUAUGUACUAAAUCUCAGACAUUUUUGUUUCGUAUGUUAGUGCCGAAACUCGUAAUAUUCAGAUAAAUAUUUCUUUAACAAUGCUACUUUGCAAGUAGUCAUAAUUUCUGUUAUGCACUGAAGUACACUGGAAUAUAUUUUGAAGGCAUUUGAAAAUCAUUUAAUUUUAUUGUGUAGAUUGGUUAUUAAUCAUUGUAUAUCAUCUAAUCUACAACAUACCUUACUGACGUCAGAAAGUACAAUUUAUCAUAUAUUAGGUUUUCAGUGAUCUGUAGUGUUACCACAAAUACGCGCCAGUAUUUGAGUCAAUGCAUGUGCUGCAAUAUCGACUUUUUGUUUGUAUAUAUUUGUAAAUUUGACACUUUAGGGUUCCUCUACACGAAUUUAGUUUUUCAACCCGAGUUACGUGUCUUCACAGUGAAAAACAAAUACAGAGCUAAAAAUUAACCCGUGUUAUUUUAGCUAGAGACAGUCUAGGGAUUUUCCAAGCUAUCUUAACGCUACGAAAUCGUAAACCCAUCUUAGGCUAUGACGUCACUACAGCACAUGUUAUAGUGACUUCAUAGCUUACGGUGGUUUUGCGAUUUCGUAGCGCUAAGAUAGGUUCGAAAAUAUGGGACGUAGAUCCUCUUGUUCUCAAAUUAUCUUCCAUUUUACGUGCCUGGGUCGAAGGCGGAUAUCCCGCGUUACAGUUUAGUUUCCUGACUCCGUGAUAGCGGUCGCUGAGGCUGUUAUAUACUUCUGCUUCUGAUAACAUUUGCGAAAACUAAAAAUGAAAAGGAUGAGAUACAUAGUUUGUUAGUUAUGUAGGUGACACAUAUGCUGUUUGUAAUACAGUACACACAUUGCAUUUACGGAUUUUAUAUACAAAUGCUAUUUGAACUGCUUUUUAUGCAGUGUAUUAGUAUAAUGUAUAUAUACCAAUUCAGUAUUAUGUUUUUUUUUUUUAAUUUUGUAAGUUUUCUUGAUGUAGUAAUUAUGUAUUUUAGAAAUAACAGAUGAAUAUUUCAUGCUGGUGAUUUCUGACCUUUUGUGUGUAUAUAUAUAUAUAUAUAUAUAUAUAUAUAGUUUCAAUAGUCUAUUUAAAAUGUAGCUCGUAUAUUGAUUGUAUUGUAUAGCAAAUGUCAAAC